AUGUCUCAUAAGGUAGAACUAGUAGAUAGGAGACGCACUUUCCCUGAGUACUCCGAAGAAUCAGGCAUGAAGCAUCGACGAAGCAAUGUUUCUGAUAUCGCAAAGUCUGGUCAAGUUGAAAACGAAAAACGCGUUAGACGUGAGAUUGCAAACUGCAACGAGCGACGUAGGAUGCAGAGUAUUAAUGCUGGUUUUGAGAACCUUAGAAUUCUUUUGCCGCCCACACAGGAUGGUGAGAAAUUGAGCAAGGCAUCUAUUUUGCAACAAACUGCAAAACUUGUCAAUACCCUUCUCCUGAAAGUGAGCGCUCUUGAACAGGAAUUGGCACUCUACCGACGUUCGACUGGUCUGCCCCCGUCGGCGGUACUCGCAGACAUUACUGAAGAGGUCGCGACUGGUUUCGCAAGAAAGCGUCGCGCUGAAGAUCAAGGAAAGACGUUGGAAUCCCUAAAAGUGGCUAAGCAGGAUGUCGAGACAGCACUUCUUGAUCUUGAUGAUGGCAACGCUUCGGGUCGCUCCUCGGACUGCUACGAUGGUAAUUUUGGAUGCUCUCCGUCGUCGACUACUCGACUGCCGCCAGUCUCGUCCGCUUCACCUCUCGAUAGUACCGUGGGCACUGCUGCCCGUUUGGAGCACCUGGUGAUGGCUAUUGAGCAAAUCGAGGGCCCUCCGGGGAAUACGCCUCAGCAGCUAGAAAAACCUCCUCUUAACGACUCAUUCGCCUAUGUUCCGCAUGGGCAGACUGUCUACUAUAAGUUCCCGGACUCAGUUUCAGACUUGAGACCAUUUUCAUACGGUUUAAAUACGACUGAUUCUGGUGUCCUAAAGCAGAAUAUCAACUCCUUCGCAGAGGAGUUCGUUCUGAACUCUUCUCCGCCUGCGCUGCCACCGACUCCUAUUCCCGCGUGCGAAGACAAAAGUCACAAGGAGAUGUCGAUGGAUGGGUACCAUCCCGUCGCGAAACUGCUGAAUCGUCCAAUCCCCCAUAAGUAUCUUCAUCGUCCCCAAGUUGUAGUCAAUAAUUCGCACUAA